AUGUUCGGGUUCAUCGGUGCGGUACCACAAUGGAUGGGUCCUCACCGAAUGGAAGCACAAUGGAUGGAUCUAGAUAGUAUUCAGGGCAAGCCAUCCAACCAGCCCUGGCUCAUCAAUUUCAGCGCCAACUACCAUGGAUGUUGUGAUCAGUCUCCUAAAUCUUGGGCGACAAAAUCCAAGAACCUCUCGUCUCAUCUGGCUCCUCUUUUCCUCAUGCACAUCCUCUUGCCGACUGUUCAACGCCGCCACAAGCAUCCCAACACGGAUCAAGACAUCUCUGGUAAGUCCCAUCGCCUUUACUACCAUGCGCGAUUCCCAUAG